UAUGCCUACUACAUAUGGAAACUUCAGGCAUAAAUCAUAUCCCAACCGUACGUAAUGGUUUGGUCUGCUUUUAAACUUCAGAGCGCCGAUCUUUAACUGUAGCAGACAGAUGCUUCCCUGCUGUAUUCGUGUACUAUACAGUUACAUUUUAUCGUGUGAAUAUAAUUUGAAACUUCACACUGAUUUGCAAACGUUGUCUGAAGACUCAGCACAAUUGCUGGCAUGCAGAAUGCAAACCCAAUAGAGGAGGUGGGAGGCGACAUAUCCUGUGAUGUGCCCUGUCUCCAGAAACUUGACUCCCCAACAGGGAGCCCUCCCAAACAAGCCUCUCUCGCAGAUAUGAUUGAGUUUGAGAAUUGUGUUUCCAAUCUCAGCCUUGCACAUGAGAUAGUGAUGAACAGAGACUUCAGCUUCAGACAGAACAGCCCACCCAAAGACAGCUUGCAGGGGAGAAUAUCUGACAUAGUUCACAGUGCAUUCUGGGACUGUCUUCGAGAGCAGCUUUCAUGCAGCCCUCCAGACUAUGUCCAUUCUGUCAUUCUGCUCCAAGAGGUGAAAACUACCGUGCUGUCCCUGCUCCUGCCUGGCCAUGUGCGUCUGAAGGCCCAGGUGGAGGAGGUUCUGGACCUGGAGCUGAUCCAGCAGCAGGCAGAUCACGGGGCCCUGGACCUGCAAAGAUUGUCAGGCUACAUCAUCAAUACCAUGGCCUCCCUGUGUGCCCCUGUACGUGACCCAGAGAUCAAGACACUACGGGAUCUUUUGGACCCAGUGGAGCUCCUCAGGGAGAUCUUCAGAGUCCUUGGCCUGAUGAAGACAGACAUGGUCAACUUCACUGUACAGAGCCUCAGACCUAAUCUUCUUCAGCAGGCGGUCCAAUACGAGCAGGCCAAGUUCCAGGAGAUCCUGGAGAAGCAGCCUGAGUUCCUGGACAAGACCACCGUUUGGCUUCAGGUGGCAGCACGAGAGGAGGCAUUGGUCAGGGCCCAGUCUGACCUUGACACUGGGACUCCCAAGCCACGUGGUCCAUUAAGUCCUACUGCCGUCCUGAACAGGGCUUACCUGCAACUGCUGAGCUGGGACCCCCAUGACCAGAACUACCCUGAGACAGUUCUGAUGGACAGAGCCCGCAUAGAUGCACUGGGGCAGAGGCUGAGUCUGCUGGUUCUUGAGGCAUCAGUUCUGCUGUUGACUAGCACACAGUGUGGGGCCGCUGUUUUCUCUCUGCAGGGGUUUGUAGGUAAACUCAAGCAGACCAUCACUGCCCUGCUGGAGGGCAGUCACAACAGGGACUUUGACCUGCAGGGGGCGUUGCUGGGGCUGAGGGAGCAGGUGCUGGUGCAGGUGAAGGAGGCUCUGAUCACCCAGGAAGGACCAGCGCUGCCUCAGGACAGUGAAGAUUUGCUUAAGGGACAGAUCUCAGACCUGGCCAAGGACAACAACCCCAUCCACACUCUCAUAGGAGAAAGAGUGCAGGGCUACCUCCAGGCCAUGCUAGAGGGAGGCCCCACUAAAAAGAGUCCGUCCAUGCCCCCUGUCCUGAGGCUGCUGAGUGCUGAGGUGGCAGAACUGGGAAUGGCCUUUGGGCGAAUAGUCCAUUUCAACCGCUCAGUUUUCGGCCCCUUCUACGUCCCCAUCCUAAGGAAGAUGCUGUUUCCAUCGGGAGAGGCCGAGAUGGGAGAGGACUCCCGCUAGUCCCCCGAACACCUCCGGUCCCCUGCAUAAGCUGCCAUUCAACAUUUACACAAUGUAGAGCAGGGUUCCCAAACUGGCGACCCGCAGACCAAAUCUGGCACACCAACAAUAUUAUUUGGCUCCCCCAAAGACCCCUAAAUUAAAUUGUAAUAUUUUUUAAAUAAAAAAAAUGUAUACAAAUCUCAGAUCCAAGAUGCAAAACCCCCCAAAUGCAAUGUCCCAAGAAGGAAGUUACCCUACCUAAAUAAUGCAAAAGUUAAGUUUUAACUUCAUUCAUGAGGAGAGAGAAUGCAGGAGACAGUCAACUAAUAAAGCUGGCAACGGACCAUUUUGUGGUGCUGAAACUUAAAGCUGCAACCACAGCACAAUCAAUAGGUGAACAGCACCUGGUGCUGAAAAUAUAGCUAACCUGUUAUGCAAGUGUUGCACAGCGACAGAUGGAGAAAACCUACACCAGUCGAGUAAUUCAUUUCAACAAUAAUCUUCAUUUUAAUUUGACUUUACAAACAAGAAGAGGGCUUAAUUGUCUUCUGAGCCUAGGCCUACAUAAAAUAACAACUGGCUGUGGUAUGCCAUAAGGCUUAACAGCAUCUUUCACAAGAAAAAGUUAUAUGGCCUAAUAGACGUGGGAUUUUUUUUGACAAGGUCUCCUUACAAUUGCAACUGGCCAAAAAUGGAGCAUCCUAGAUAAAACAAUAAUUUAAAUAAAAAAAGGUGAAUGUCUAUCAGGACAGCCUGCUCCUAUAAUGACAGAACAAACAGAUAAUACUGUCAGCUUGAGACCUAAAUAUCCCUGGAUAAGCACACAAUAAUGUUAGUAUUUACUAAGUACAGUCAUAUAGGCCACUAAGUUACUCACUUAAUGGGAAAUGUUGCAUUUCCCCUCGAUCUUAUGGAUGUCACGUGAGAUGGAUGUGAUUUUGAUGCACAGGCAGUCAACAAUUGACUUGUGUGAAAGCCGGUUCCUGUCCUGAGUCUAUAUUGCGUUCUUAGAGGAAAAUGAGGACUCGCAGGAUUAAGUCGAUCCAAACAUUGUU